AUGGACAAGAAUUGGAUGCACGUGCCAAACAGGUUUACAUCACGGGAAUAUGGUGCUGGGAUUAAUCAACUCCUCACAAUGGCAAAAGCCCAUGCACCUGGAAGCACUACCUUCAGGUGUCCAUGCAAGAGAUGUUGUAAUAACAUCUUCCUACCAAUAAAUGAAGUCGAAGAUCAUCUAUUCACGAUAGGUAUUGACCCAAGUUAUACACAUUGGAUUUUUCAUGGGGAGGGUGAAAGUUGGAAUGCUAAUUCGUCAGAUGAUGAUGACGAAUCUAAUAAUCAAAGUCAGAAUGUUGUUGAUGAUAUGGAUGAGAUGAUAGAGGACAUUCGGGCUGGAGCAUUCAUGGACCAUGAUUUCGGGGAACAUGGUACUACUUCAGAGCCCAACAUGAGUGAGAGGCAAUCGAGAAAUUUCCAGAAAUUGUUAGAGGAUGUGAGACUUCCACUUUAUCCUGAUUGUGCAAAGUUCUCUAAACUUUCAUUUAUAGUUAAGCUGCUUCAUAUAAAAACAAUUGGUGGGUGGACUAUCAAGUCAUUUAACAUGGUUUUAGACUUGUUAAAAGCAGCUUUUCCAGAUAUUCAGUUGCCUAACUCAUACCACGAGGCCCGACGCUUAGAGCAUGGGUUGGGUUUUAGUUAUGUAAAAAUAGACGCCUGCCCAAAUGACUGCAUGCUAUUUUGGAAUGACGAUGCCGACAAAGAUUCUUGUUCUAAAUGCAAGGAGUCGAGGUGGGUGUCAAGCAGAGGGAAAAAGGGAAAGAUUCCCCAAAAGGUAUUACGAUACUUUCCUCUGACUCCUCGGUUACAAAGACUAUUUAUGUCAAAGAAUAUAGCAAAAUCCAUGAAAUGGCAUAGAGAACAACGAGUUGAUGACCAUAGUACUUUAAGACAUCCUGCUGAUUCUAAAAUGUGGAGACAAUUUGAUAAAGACCACAGUUGGUUUGCAGAAGAUGCUCGCAAUGUCAGAUUGGGGCUAGCUAGUGAUGGGUUCAACCCGUUCAAUAAUAACAGUAAACCUUAUAGCAUAUGGCCUGUGAUCCUCGUGCCAUACAACUUGCCCCCUUGGUUAUGCAUGAAAGAUCCGUACUUAAUGCUCUCAUUGCUCAUUCCUGGUCCCAAAGCACCAGGAAACGACAUCGACGUUUAUUUACAACCUUUAGUGAAUGAAUUAAAAGAUUUAUGGGAGAAUGGCAUAGAUACCUAUGACGCAUCAAAGUCUGAAAAUUUUCAGUUACAUGCUGCACUAUUGUGGACUAUUAAUGAUUUUCCCGCAUAUGCCAAUCUUUCGGGGUGGAGUACAAAAGGAAAGAUGGCUUGCCCAUUAUGCAAUGAAGAUACAGAUUCCAUGUGGCUGAAACAUGGGAGAAAACAUUCUUAUAUGGGUCAUCGUCGCUUCUUGCCAUCAACCCACACUUGGAGAAAGAAAAAAACAGCAUUCAAUGGAAGCGAUGAUCAUCGCUUGCCACCUCCAGAGCGAAUGGGACAUGAUCUACUUCAUCAACUAGAGAAUGUUUGUAAUGUAGAAUUUGGCAAAGGCUCUCGAAAGAGAAAAUGCAGACCAGAUGAAUUGAACUGGACUAAAAAAAGUAUAUUCUUCAAUUUACCUUAUUGGUCAAUGUUGUCGUUAAGACAUAAUCUUGAUGUCAUGCACAUUGAAAAAAACAUUUGCGACAAUGUCCUAGGAACAUUGAUGGGUAUUGAAGGAAAAACCAAAGACACUGCUAAUGCACGUAGGGACUUGAUGGAGCUUGGGUUAAGGAAGGAAUUACAUUUACAACCUUCAUCGAAUGGGUACCAAAUGAUGCUUGGCUCCUACACGCUAGAUUUACCAGAGAGGAGACGUUUUUGUGAAUGGCUUGCAUCUGUUAAAUUUCCAGAUGGUUUUGCCUCAAAUAUCUCUAGAUGUGUUUCAGUUGCUGAUGGUUCAUGCAAAGAUUACUUCCAGUUGCAAUUAGUGGGUUUUUACGAUCUGAUAUACGACUUGCAUUGA